AUGGUUGCUGAAGGCUCGAAGGACCUUCCCGUCAGGUCUGCGGAGGCGAAUGAUUCCCUCCCCAAUUUUAUCGUCGAACGGAACAAGCUGUUUGAGGAGUUGUGGCAGCAGUAUCUCGAAGACCUCAAGAACAAGCCACACCCCGAUAUUAAUGUCACUCUGGACUUUCGUAACGGAGAUACUUCCGUCGUUACUGCUAAGGCCUGGGAGACCACCCCGGCCCAGCUUCUCAAAAAUGUGCCCAAGGAGCUGAGUGCCACGGUUGUCAUCGCAAAGCUCAAUGGAAAGGAACUGUGGGAUUUGAAUCGUCCCUUGGAAAGUGACUGCACAGUUACCUAUAUCCCGUUCGAAGAUCCCGAGGGAAGGGAGGUUUUCUGGCACUCUAGUGCCCACUGUCUGGGUGAAGCUUGCGAGUGUGAAUACGGAUGUCUCCUUUCCCAUGGACCUCCUACCCCUCAGGGUUUCUUUUACGACAUGGCCAUGCCUGAUGGCCGUGUCGUUCGAGAAUCUGAUUGGAAGUCGCUGGACUCCAAGGCCUCCCGGAUAUUUAAGGAGAAGCAGAGCUUCGAUCGAUUGGAAGUCACGAAAGAGAACCUCCGCAAAAUGUUCUCGUACAGCAAAUACAAGCUCCACUAUAUUGACAAACUGGUUACUGGAGAGAAGAGCACUGUUUACAGGUGUGGAACCUUGGUCGAUCUCUGCCGAGGUCCUCACAUUCAAAGCACAGGCAAGGUUAAGACCUUCAAGAUCAUGCAGAACUCCUCCGCAUAUUUCUUGGGUGACCAGUCCAAUGACUCUUUGCAACGAAUUCGUGGCGUGGCUUUCCCCGACAAAAAGCAGAUGCAGGAACACCUGAAGUUCCUGGAGGAGGCGGAGAAGCGUAACCACUUGCGGAUCGGCAAGGAGCAGGAGCUCUUCUUCUUUGACGAUGUUUCUCCGGGUUGCGCCUUUUUGCUUCCUAACGGUACGAAGAUUUUCAAUGCCAUCCAGUCUCUCCUGCGGUCGGAAUACCGCAAGAGAGGUUACCAGGAGGUCCAGACCCCUAACAUGUACGACGUGGGAAUCUGGAAGACCUCGGGUCACUGGGCCCAUUACAAGGAUGACAUGUUUAAGCUUGACGUCGAGAAAAGAGAGUGGGCGCUUAAACCCAUGAAUUGCCCUGGUCAUUUCGUGCUUUUCGGCCACCGUGAGAGAAGCUACCGGGAGCUGCCAUUGAGAAUUGCGGACUUUGGUGUUUUGCAUCGAAAUGAGGCGUCGGGAGCCUUGAGUGGUCUUACCCGUGUGCGGAAGUUCCAGCAAGAUGACACUCACAUCUUCUGUACCCAAGAUCAGAUCAUUUCGGAAAUUGAGGGUCUCUUCGACUUCCUCAAGUCCAUCUACGGUCUUUUCGGCUUCACCUUCAAGCUGAAACUCUCCACUCGCCCCGAGAAGUAUCUUGGCGAGAUUGAGACUUGGAACUAUGCCGAGGAACAGCUGAAGGCCGCAAUGACCAAGUUCAUGGGCAAUGACUGGGAAAUGAACGAGGGCGAUGGCGCGUUCUACGGGCCGAAGAUCGACAUCACCAUCGCCGAUGCCCUCAAGCGAGAGUUCCAGUGUGCCACCAUCCAGCUUGACUACCAGGCUCCGAUAAACUUCAAGCUUGAGUACAUGACCAACGAGAAGGGCGAGAAGGUCCCCGUGGCCACGGAGAAUGCUCAGAAAGAGAGUCAGGCCAAGAGCAACGAACUCGGACCGGGCCGUGCCCGCCCGGUCGUCAUCCACCGUGCCAUCAUCGGUAGCUUCGAACGAUUCCUGGGUAUUCUGAUCGAGCACUUUGGCGGCAAGUGGCCCUUCUGGAUCAGCCCGCGCCAAAUUCUGAUCGUACCGGUCAUGCCCGCCGUGAAUGACUAUGUGGAGGAGCUGCAGCAGAUCUUCCGGGAUGACAAGAUGAACGUGGACAUCGAUAUUAGUGGCAACACCAUGCAGAAGAAGAUCCGGACAGGCCAGUUGGCACAGUACAAUUUCAUCUUCGUUGUCGGUGCCCAGGAGAAGGAGUCUCGCUCCGUCAACAUCCGCAACCGGGACGAUCCCGCCACGCAGAAUAAGGGCAUCAUGGUUCCCCUUGAGGAGGCACGCACGAAACUGCGGGCCCUGCGCAAGGAAAGAAGGCUCGUUAACAGCCUGUAG